GUGGGUGGACAUGAGCAUGUGAUUGGGUCCCAUCAUCUCCCUGAGGCGGAAGGCUGUCUCGUGCGUCGGCUGAGACAGGGGAGCGUCGAGCCGAAACUGCCACAGAUCUGCUGUGGGUCCCGAAUCAGAUGGGUUGAAUCUUUGCGGUUCAUUUGGUCGACCUAUCCAUCGCUACCGUCGAAAGGGACGGUGGUGGUAUGAUGAGCUCGAAGCGCACCGUAACUAAAACAGCAUCAAAUACGGUGACCACUAAAGGGCUCAUUUAGCGCGCGCAACCCGACCCGUUCCGCCUCCCAUCUCCCGAAUCGAUCCGCGGUCUCCGGUUCUCUCGCUCCGUCUGCGUCGCCUGCGAUUCUGCCUCCGCGGUAAGAGUACUAGGUAUUGAUGUCAAGGGUGAUCAAGAAGUUCUUUUUUACAUCCAUGAUCAUGUGGAUAGCUCCAGUGGCUAUAUUAUAUGGAUUUAACAAUCAUAUAUUUCCUGGUACAGGCCAGCUUUCAUCUUCAAGCCAAACACUUGUAAGUGGAUUUCUUGCUGUUAUUUCGGUGAAUCUGGUGAUUGUGCUAUACAUUAUCAUGGCCAUGAAGGAGACGGGUAGCAGUGAACACCAACCAGAUGCUGCCUUUCUAGCAGAGGCCAAUGCUAGCAUUAAGCAACCAUCAAACGUGACAACCAACGAUGAUACCCAGGCUCGGGAAAAAGUGGAAUAAGCAUUCAUGUUUGUUUUGGAUGCUUCUGUAACCAUUUAUGUUGUCAAGUUUGUGUAAGAUGACGAAGCAGCACUUGGAGUUGUUUUUCUUUUACCUUCCAUUGGAUCAUUGUAAUAUAAAUGAUGCUGAGUUGUGUUUUGAACGAACAAGAAAAAGACUCCAUAUUUGUGAUGGUUCUUAUGCAACCCAACAAGAAGUUUAAUGCAAAGAUGUGGCAGCUGUUUGAUCCAUGGAAGAACAAACGACACAACAGCGUGCUCGACAUCAUUAUCAUA